CCCGACGCUUUCCGUAAAAGCGCACAAGUUCAGUGUUGUUCGAAAUCUGUCCAAGUUCCGUUCUCGCGACCGUUGUUUCAAAGUUAAGUAUAAUAAACAAAAAUUCGUGGUAAAGUAAUGUUUUCAAAAUAAUGUUUAUAUUAAGUGUAGUGUUAAAUUAGUGUGAUUUUUUUACUUUCUCGUAGUUGUAAAUAUAGUGUUGUGAGUGAAUAACUAUUAUCAAUUUAAAGUUUAUUAAUCUAAUGAAUUUAAUCGUGUAUUUAGUGUAAGCAGUCUAUACGACAGUGGAAUUAUGGUUCAUAUUCAUUGUAACUUAAAUACAAUUUGUGAAAACUUAAUAUAACCAAAAGCAAACAUGGAGGAGACCAAUCUGACGCUGACUUACAAUGUCAGCUCAUUAUUACUGUCGAGGAAUCCGUCUAGCGCGACAACGAUGGUAUCGGUUCGCAACACGACCGUUGUCAGCAACGCGUACGAAUGGCGGUUUGUUCUCCCGCCGUACUUCAUCAUCUUCAUGCUUUCGAUAUCUGGGAAUUGUCUUGUUAUUACAACGUUAGCGAGCAAUCGACGAAUGAGAACUGUCACUAAUGUAUAUUUAUUAAAUUUGGCGAUUUCAGAUUUUUUGCUCGGCGUGUUUUGUUUACCUUUCACGUUAGUUGGACAAAUAUAUAGACGGUUUCUAUUCGGAGGGAUUUUGUGCAAACUGAUUCCUUAUUUGCAAGCUGUAUCAGUAUCGGUGGAUGUAUGGACUCUAGUAGCUAUAUCUCUGGAGAGAUAUUUUGCAAUAUGCCGGCCGUUGAAAUCUAGGAAAUGGCAGACACAAUGCCACGCAUACAAAAUGAUCGGUAUGGUUUGGAUUCUAUCUCUUGUUCUAAAUGCGCCGAUAUUAAUUGUCUCAACGUUACAACCUAUGAGAGGAAAUGCGUACAAAUGUAGGGAGGUUUGGUCCAGCUUAGAGUUGGAGAGGGCCUUUAAUCUGGGUUUGGAUGCAGCGUUACUUCUGGUCCCAUUCUUUAUAAUGUCGUUCGCGUAUUGUCUAAUAGUCACGAAGCUGUGGCGAGGCAUGAGACAUGAGAUUCAACAUAAUUUCAACUGGCAAAAAACUCUUACUAGAGAGGAAUCUUGCAAAAGCAAUCAUUUAGGCUCACGGACGCCAACUUUGAAGAGCAAGGAGAGGGAUGUUUGCUACAGGGACACUUGGGGAUCGAAGAGUGUAACCAAGCAACAGGAAAACUACGAAGUCGAUGCGGACAAGAAGGAAACGUAUUGCAUGCAUACUGACAUUGAAUUUCGACAUGUGGUGCGUUCAACACACAUUGAUAAAAGUAUUGAAGCUAAGCGUAAGGUUAUCCGAAUGCUGUUUGUUAUUAUCCUAGAAUUUUUCGUCUGCUGGACUCCAUUGCAUGUUAUAAAUACGAUCUAUUUGUUCUAUCCUGACGAAUUGUACAAAUACGUUGGAUCGAAGGGUAUCGUAUCGCUACAACUUCUGGCGUACUGCUCAUCCUGCUGCAACCCGAUUACGUAUUGCUUCAUGAAUAGAAAAUUUAGACAGGCGUUUAUCAACUUGUUGAAAAGUUGCAGAUUGUUUAAUAUUGCAGGCGGUGUUUCCCAGACAAGUCGGAAUCUGGUAAGCAGGUUACGCCGCCGCCGUCCAGUCAGGACGCUACUGCAUGCGUUGUAAGGGGCAGCCAUACUGGACGCACAGAGCUGGAUGGACUGGAAGGAGAGGAGUGUGUUUAGCAGCGGCUCACACAGCGGUUCGCACAGCACGGCUCUGGGCAGCGGCGGCCUCCCCGCGCAUCCCGCACUACCCGCGCCCGUCAUCUCGCGUCCUGUCACUCAAGUAAUAGAGACAGGAGAAGAAGGCAGCCAAUUCCUGUAUCGUAUAACUUGGCCCAGAACCGCUCAGUCCAAGGCCAAUGUGCCCGCACACCCACUAUAUGAGUAAAGUUUAAAACUGAGAGUUAAGUGAAUUUUGUGAAGUGAACAUUUCCAUCCCGCUUCGUGAAUUUAUACUCUAAAUAGUGAUUAUACGAAGUGCUCAAAAGGUAACUUAAGUGUAGUGAUAUUAAGAUGUUUUUUAA